CUUUAAUUUCUUCUUCAUAGAUUUUGUCUCUUCAUCUCUUAUACAUCACAAAUAGUUCAUGAAUUCUACCCAAACGCAAACAAACACCCCUAAACCUGCUUUGAAUGGUGCCAGAAUAAAACAAAGAAAAGGUGUCCAAAAAGCACAAGCAAAACACGAGCCAGAAAUCUUUAGGGACCAGGUCCUUAAGUUAUUGGAAACAGCUAAGCCUGGAAAUCUAGAAGACAUCUCGCUCAAACUUGACGCAGGUGGAAAUACUCUUGAAUAUCGUAAAUACAACGAUUCACUCUUUGAAAUCCUUAUUACUGGUGGAAUUUUGGAACCCGGAGGAAUCAUUAAUGAUGACGCCGAACGUUGCCCUUUCAGCAUCUUUGGCUGUGCCGAUGACAACACAUCUAUCAAGAACGCAGUUGAUGUGUUCAACAAGCUUAUCCGUCGUUACAAGUACUUGACACGUUCUUUUGAAGAAACCCUGAAGAACAUCCUUCAAUACAUCAACCGUUGGCAACCAGCCGAAAACCACAAAUUGGCCGUCGCUACUGGCUACUUUGUAACCAUCCAGCUCGGAAGUCUUUCUGUCCUCAAGGUCCUCUUCAAGGACUACUUGGUCAAGGAUGGUCUUUCGCUCGAAUUUGCUACCACCGUCUUCCGUACCAUCCUGAGUGUCCAGACUAUCGAGCAGCUCGGCAAGUCUCUCAUCAACUCUGGUCUCGACUCAAAGUUGAUCGAACUUUUCCCUCCCAACAAGCGUGAGGAUGAAUGCCUCGUCCGUCACUUUGAGGCUGAGGACAUGAAGCCCUUGGUUGAGUUCCACCAGAGAAACCAAAAGAACUCUAAGAAAGAUGAGUUGGCUUACAAGCUCAAGGAGAUGCUUCAAUCCGAGGCAGGCGUUGCUGAGGUAAUUGCCUAUGUCAAGCAAAGCUCCAAGGAUGCUGGUCUCGUUGAAUCAGAGAUCAUCCAGAUCAUUUGGGUUGCUAUUCUCAGCACUCUUGAUCUUAUCAAUGCCCGUCCUGAUCAGGUUGAGGCACAGACCUUCCGUGCUCUUAACGAAUGGUCCAAACUUAUGGAGGCUUUUGCCACCUCCCCAAAGACUGAGAUUGUCUUGCUUCAAAAGGCUCAGUUGACUUGUUACGAGGAUGCCAAGUUCACAAAGUUCUUCCGUCAAAUCGUCCAACUCUUGUACAAGAACGACGUUUUGUCUGACAAUGCCAUCCUUUACUGGGCCGACAAGGCACACAAACCCCAGGGUAAAACCAUGUUCAUUAAGCAGAUGGAACCUUUUGUCCAGUGGUUGAAGGACAAUGAGGACAGCAGCGAAGAAGAAGAGGAUUAAACAAGAGUAAGAAAGCAAGGGCAGUAAAGGCAGUAAGGAAGGAAAGAAGAGACUAAGAGAGAAAGUAGACGAGGUGUUGUUGUUGUUGUUUUUUUAUCUUCAUAUUAUUUUUAUCUUUAUUAUUAUAUAUUAUAUAUUAUAUAUAUUUUUCAUCAUCACAUAAAACACAAACCAACCAGACAAUUAUUUGUAUAUUUGUUUCUUAAAUGCUUUGAAAACAUGAGCCUUUUU